CCCCAGAGCUGGUGGCGAGGGGUCCUUCCUGUCUCUCGGCGCUCCCGGCGCCUGCGCCGCGCGGGUGACUUUGAGGGCAGCGAUGCUGAGCAAGCUGGUGGGGCCGCGCUACGUCCAGCUCCUCCAGAACUGGACUCCCACCCUUGUUACCUGGGGUGCUGUGGGUGGCACUGGUUUGAUAUGGGUUACAGACUGGAAGCUGGUCCUUCAGUAUGUCCCCUACAUCGGUGGCAAGUUUAAAACUGAAGAGUAAGCUUUGCUCUGAAGGGAACUGAGUGCUGGAUAGAGGGUUUUGGAGCCAUCCGUCCGCUGAGAGCCUACCUUGAGGUGAACUCGGAAUGCCCAGGACAGAUCCUGUCAUGGUGUCCUUCCCUAUCCCACAAACUGCUUGGUUGUGAGCAACUUGACUUUCACUGACUGACCUGCCUCUUCCUCCGCUCACCAUCACAGUCGAUCUUGUCCUUAUGGGAGG